AUGGGUGCGGCGCGUCCGCGGCGCUGGAAGCUGCCGUUCCACCGCGCCAUCAGCGCCGCGGGCGGCGGCGGAGGCAGCACGCCGUGCUCGCCCUCGUCCAGGUCGUCGGCCGCGCCGCCGGGCCCCGCCUCGCCCGCGCGCUCCGAGGCGUGGGCGGCCGAGGCGGUGCCGGAGGAGUUCCUGUGCCCGAUCUCCGGCGCGCUCAUGGCGGACCCCGUCAUACUGCCGUCGGGGAAGACCUUCGAACGCGCCUGCCUCCAGGCCUGCGCGGAGCUCGCGUUUCUGCCCCCGGGCGUCGAGGCCGGGGGCGCCGACACCCUCAUCCCUAACGCCGCGCUCAAGGCGGCCAUCGGCACCUGGUGCGCGCGCUCCGGACGGGCGGUGCCGGCGCCGCCGUCCGCCGAGGCGUCGAGGCUGGCCGUGCUGCGCGCUAUGCCUCCGGCGGCUGCGGCCGCCAAGUCCGUGAGGACCACCAUCGCAAGGCGCAUGGCGGUGAUGGCCGCGAGCACAUCCAACUCGUCCUACUCGUCCCCGGCGGAGUCCACGUACGGGUCGGCCUCGGAGAUCACCGCGGCGGAGGACGAGGUCAAGGACAAGGAGGAGGUGCCGCCGCCGCGGAGGGGGAUGAUCAAGGAGGUGGAGGUGGAGGCGGAGGCGGAGCCUCCUGUUGCGACGCCGGUUGACCCGCUGGAGGACGACGUGGUGGGCAAGGUGAUGGACGCGGACGACGACGGCGUGGUGGCUGCGGCGAUGGGCGCGCUGCGGGAGGCCACGCGGGAGGGCGCGGAGCGGCGGCGCGAGCUGUGCACGCCGCGGCUCCUGGGCGCGCUGCGCCGCGUGCUGCUGCUCCCGCGCCACGCGGCCGCCCGCGUGGACGCGGCGGCCGCCCUGGUGAACCUCUCCCUGAGCCCGCCAACAAGGUGCGCAUCGUGCGCGCGGGGCGGUGCCGGCGCUCGUCGAGGUGCUCCGCUCGGGCGCGUCGGCGCCCGAGGCGCGGGAGCACGCGGCGGGGCGCUCUUCGGGCUGGCGCUCAACGAGGACAACCGCGCCGCCAUCGGGGUGCUGGGCGCGGUGCCCCCGCUCCUGGACCUGCUCACGUCCCCCGCCCACCACCACCCGCCCCGCGCGCGGCGCGACGCCGGGAUGGCGCUCUACCACCUCACCCUCGCAGCCGUCAACCAGUCCAAGGUCGCGCGCUUCCCCGGCGCGCCCAAGGCGCUGCUCGCCGUGGCGUCCGGAGCCGCGGAGCCCGGCCCCAUCCGGAGGCUGGCGCUCAUGGUGGCCUGCAACGUGGCCGCCUGCGCCGAGGGCCGCAACGCGCUCAUGGACGCGGGCGCCGUGGCGUCCGUCUCCGCCAUCAUCCUCUCGCCUUCCCACGACAACGUGGACCUGGAGGAGUGGUGCGUGUCGGCGAUGUACGCCAUGAGCCGCGGCAGCCUCCGGUUCCGCGGCCUGGCGCGCGCGGCCGGCGCGGACCGGGCGCUCCGGCGCGUGGUGGCCGGCGAGGGCGGCGGCGUCCGGCGCGAGAUGGCUCGCAAGACGCUCCGCGCCAUGCGGGGCGACCUCGACGACGAGGACGGCGGCGAGUACAACGACCUGACCGGCAGCAGCGCGGAGUGCGGCGACGGCGAGGACUGUGGCGGGAGCAUCGUGUCGGACGGGCUCAUGUCGUUCCGGCGCCGGCAGCGCGAGCUUGGCGUCUCGUCGUGCGGCAACACCGCCGAGUUCUGA